AUGGACGUCCAGUCCAAGCACACAACUCCCACCUUGCCGUACCCUGACACCUCCUCGGAGCAGAUUCUUGACAAGAAAUCAACGAAACAAAAUGUCGAAGCACCGAUUGACGCGAACCCGCGAAGCAAACUCCGGAUGUUUGCCAUCCUGACAGCGCUCUUUCUUUCCCUCUUCGUUGCAGCUCUAGAUGCCACUAUUGUCUCCACUGCAGCACCCACCAUGUCUCAUGAUCUCAACUCAGCAGCAGGAUAUACGUGGAUCGGUGGCGCCUUCCUACUCGGCAACGCCGCAUCAGGCCCCAUCUGGGCCAAACUCUCUGAUAUUUUUGGUCGCAAGCUCAUCGUUCUCCUGGCACUUGCAGUCUUUUUUGCUAGCUCAGCAGUAUGCGCCUCUGCCAAAACGAUGGAGGCAUUGAUCAUUGGUCGCGCGUUCCAGGGUGCGGCUGGCGGAGGGCUAAUUCUGUUGGUGCAUGUUUGUAUUAGCGAUAUGUUUAGUUUGAGGCAGAGGAGUUUGUUGAUGGGGCUGACGGAGGGGAUUUGGGCGUUGGCGGGGGGGAUUGGGCCGAUUUUGGGGGGUGUUUUUGCGAGUUUGGUGAACUGGCGAUGGUGCUUCUGGAUCAACCUUCCCAUCAGUGGUCUAGCAGCCCUCCUCAUCCUGGUAUUCCUGGACGUCAAGCACGAACACACAUCCUUCAUCGACGGCAUGAAAGCCAUCGACUGGCUCGGCAUCUUUACCUUUCUCGGAUGCACGCUCAUGCUUCUCCUUGGACUCGACUUCGGAGGCGUCCUGUUUCCGUGGGAUUCUGCGAAAAUCAUAGCACUCCUUGUCGUUGGAGGGUGCAUGAUCGGUGCGUUCAUUUACAGCGAAGCAAAAUUUGCUAAGUAUCCGCUUAUUCCUAUGUCACUAUUCAAGAACAAGACAAACGUGGCUACAUUUUUGGUGGUCUUCUUUCACGGCUUUGUCUUCAUUGCGGCGGAGUUCUACAUGCCGUUGUUCUUACAAUCCGUUCUGGAAGCGUCUCCACUUCGAUCUGGUGUGCUCCUUCUACCUCUCAUCGUCACAGGAGCAGUAUUCGGUGUAUUAUGCGGAGUCAUCAUCCACCGCACUGGACGCUUCCGAGAGAUCAUGUGGGUUGGCUCGGCUUUCAUGUGUCUCGGAUUCGGUCUCUUCACAUCAUUCGACGCAAACACGAACACCGGCCGAGCCGUAGGCUUCCAGAUGAUCGCCGGUCUUGGGCAAGGAAUCUUGUUCGAGGCGCCUCUCAUCGCAAUCCAAAGCCAGGUCAAGCAGGCCGAUGUAGCAACUGCUACUGCAACGAUGGCUUUCGUGCGCAACAUCGCCGUCUCGAUCUCUGUCAUUGUCUGCGGUACGAUCUUUCAGAACUCCAUGUCAAAUCGAAAUGGGUACCUUCGUGCUGCUGGACUGCCGCAUGACUUGCUGGAUCAAUUGGAUGGUGAGAACGCUUUGGCGAACGUUAUGCUACCGAGCACGCUUGAAAACCCGGCCUGGGAGUUCGCUGCAAAGCAGGCUUUUGCUUGGGCGACACGCAACAUGUGGAUUAUGUUAACGGUGGUCGCAUUUCUGGCGCUUGUUGCUAGCUUGUUCGUUGAGGCGGCGCAUUUGGGGACCGAGCACGUUGAAACAGUAACGGGGUUGAGGAAAGAGGAGGAGCCCCGAGAGACCUGA